GGCUGAGGAGAAAGUCUGUCUCUCGUGACCUCUGUAAGUCGUGGUUCGUUAAGCUGAGUGAUUACAAUUUUAAAGGAUUUGCAAAUAUUCAUUCGAGAAGCGAAUUGGCUAAGAGAUGGGUUCUACUCGAAAAAAAUCUUUGUUUUGUCUGAAAUGGCCGUUGCAAGUUAACCAAGACAAUAAAAAUAAUAGUGUUUGCAUUUUUGAGGGUCCUUGGUUAUUCAAAUCAUUGCAAAAUCUUGGAUCCAUUGCUUUCAAUUCAUUUUUUAAGUCAAAUUCAUGGGCCAAUUCCUUUGUUUCCACCCAAUUGUCUAGCAGAGCCAACCAAAAUAGCAAUUUGAUUUUCAAAAAAAAGACUUUGAAUCCGGAAGAGCAAGGAGAGGCAGAGCAAAGAGCAUUUGCUUCAGCACUGGCUAAUGCAAAAGAGGCUACAGUUGUCGAGUUCUAUUCACCUAAAUGCAGUCUCUGCAAUUCCUUACUUGGUUUCGUCACAGAGGUGGAGGGUAGGAAUUCAAACUGGCUCAACAUUAUUAUGGCAGAUGCUGAGAAUGAAAAAUGGCUGCCUGAGAUUUUGUUGGUGGUUUUAGGCUACUUGAUGAAUCAACGUCUUCUAGAAAAUAUUUUUUGGAGGCAUGCCAACGAAUCUGAGUUAAGAUGUUAAG